UCUCGGAGGUUCGCAUUGAAUCGGCCCUAACGAUUCUCGGAUCGUCAUUAUUUGUAACCAUAGAGCAUGAAUUACCUCUUGAGGUCAUCAGCGAGAAUUUACGACUGGUCAACAAAAGCACGUGAUUCCCUAACGCCCCCCCAUCCCCCUUCCAAGCCCCCCCCAUAUUUGGCCGCAUACAUAGCAAAACGAAGUACAGUGCAUCGCUAUAAUUCAUUAAUACAUCAUAAAUCGUGAAGCACAGGGUUAUAACGACCACGAUCCACAAAUCAAGCCCUCCAAAAUCACCCAAAUGAGCUCGUACUUUGUAAACUCCUUCUCGGGGCGUUAUCCAAAUGGCCCGGACUAUCAGUUGCUAAAUUAUGGCAGUGGCAGCUCUCUGAGCGGCUCUUACAGGGAUCCCGCUGCCAUGCACACCGGCUCUUACGGCUACAAUUACAAUGGGAUGGACCUCAGCGUCAACCGCUCCUCGGCCUCCUCCAGCCACUUUGGGGCGGUGGGCGAGAGCUCGCGCGCCUUCCCCGCGCCCGCCCAGGAGCCCCGCUUCAGGCAGGCGGCGUCGAGCUGCUCCCUGUCCUCGCCCGAGUCCCUGCCCUGCACCAACGGCGACAGCCACGGCGCCAAGCCCUCUGCUUCGUCCCCUUCCGACCAGGCGACCCCAGCCAGUUCCAGCGCCAAUUUCACCGAAAUAGACGAGGCCAGCGCGUCCUCCGAGCCCGAGGAAGCCCCGAGCCAGCUAAGCAGUCCGAGCCUAGCUCGGGCACAGCCAGAGCCCAUGGCCACCUCCACAGCCGCGCCCGAGGGGCAGACUCCGCAGAUAUUUCCCUGGAUGAGGAAGCUCCACAUCAGCCAUGAUAUGACCGGGCCGGAUGGGAAAAGGGCCCGGACCGCGUACACCCGCUACCAGACCCUGGAGCUGGAGAAGGAAUUCCACUUCAAUCGCUACCUGACCCGGCGGCGGCGCAUCGAGAUCGCCCACGCGCUCUGCCUGUCCGAGCGCCAGAUCAAGAUCUGGUUCCAGAACAGGCGUAUGAAGUGGAAGAAAGACAACAAACUGAAAAGUAUGAGCCUGGCUACAGCCGGUAGCGCCUUCCAGCCCUGAGCCCGCCCAAAGGAGCCCUGGGUGGCCCAAGAGCCCGCGCCACCCCCACCCCCACCCCAGCCCCAGCCCCUCCAAUCUUCCCUGCCCGGCCGCUGUGCGCUGGGGACCGGUUGCCAUGAGCCUGCCUCGCCCCAGCCUUGUGUUAAGAUAUUUCGUUUGGUCUUAGGUCUUCCUGUGGCUCCCUCUCUCCUGGACUGGUUAUCUUGUUAUUAUUGUUAAUAAUAAUAAUAAUUCUUAUUAUUUUUUUCCCUUCAUGCUCCCCAUUCCCCUCUGCUCACCCCCCAAAUCCACCAGUGUUUCUGAAUGUUUGUGUCUGUGGUUGCACUGUUUUCCCCAGGAUAAAAAAAAAAAAAGAAAUUCGCAUGUUUAAUGUGAACUUUCCCCCUUCCCCCUCUGUGUUCUAACUUAUUUAUAAAAAGGAUGAUUGCUGCAUUUUGAGUUUCAGCUGGAAACUUCUCUAAAGGGUGGCAGUUGAGGUGGUGGAGUCGUGUGGGCAAUGCUAAUAGAAGCCCAGCUGAGCUGGCCUCUGUAUCUCUUUUCACCUUUCGCCUUCCGCCUCCCUCCCCACUUCUUAGGCCUAAAUCUCCCCUUGGCUUGGUCUUGGAGUGGGUCCUGGGGUGAGGGAGAUCCAAAGGGGUGAUGUUGAGAAGAGAGAAGGAAAAUAGUGAGAUUUAAGCUCCUGCUGCCUGGUAGGCCCCACAAGGCCUGGUCUUGGGAGAGUAUGGAAACAAACAAUCCUCAGUGUAAAAUGUCUGGUGUUUAUCUCUGUGCAUCUGUGGGUCUGCCUAGAGGACCCAAAGCUUGUAAAUAUGGGACUGAGUCUGGGUCAGACCCAUCGCUUCUUCCCCACCAUUUUGCUUCCAAGACCAUUUGUAGUGAGUGAGUGGAUGCCGUGCUUCGUGUGAAAUCUGUCUUUGCCAGGCCUGUCUCAGUGAUUCGCUUCUGGUAUUUGUUUGUAGCUUUCCUUGAAGUCAAAUAAAUGUUUCCCCCACUCCA